AUCAUGACACAUCAGGUCAGCCGCUCUCCGUUCCUCAAGCCCUUCUACACGAGGACCCCGGUUGGUGGGGUCAUUCCGCGAACCCAGAGACGCCACACGCUCCCCGCCAGCGAGUUCAGGAACCUGACCCCACAGGACGCCAUCAGCGUGUUCGAGAUCGAGAGAGAAGCAUUCGUCUCUGUGUCUGGCGAGUGUCCACUCACUCUUGACGAGGUGCUGAACUUCCUAAGUCAGUGUCCGGAGCUCUCCCUGGGCUGGUUUGAAGAGGGCCAGCUGGUGGCGUUCAUCAUCGGCUCAGGCUGGGGCAAAGAGAGACUGGAGCAGGAGGCCAUGACCCAGCAUAUCCCAGAAACCUCAGCAGUGCACAUCCAUGUGCUGUCUGUGCACCGCCACGCUCGCCAGCAGGGUAAAGGUUCCAUCCUGCUGUGGCGCUACCUGCAGUACCUGCGAUGUGUGCCAGGCCUCCGGAGGGCCCUGCUGGCCUGUGAGGAGUUCCUGGUUCCCUUCUACCAGAAGGCAGGCUUCAAGGAGAAGGGGCCUUCUGCCAUCACCGUGCCCAACCUCACCUUCCAGGAGAUGGAGUACCAUAUCGGCGGAGCGGCCUACGCACGGCGGAACAGCGGCUGCUAG